AGUAUCUAAACGUCAAAUAACAACAAUACAGCAUGCGAAAGAACUGUGUUACAUUUUAAUUGUUUUUGUUGAUUUUUAAAACGUUAUUACACGACUAGUAGUUGUAAUUCAACAUGUCGUUAAAUCCACUAAAUGAACUAAAGCGUCGAUUAGAUGAUGACAAAACUCCUUUGCCUAAAAGGCUAUGUCUGGCCAAAAAUGUGGUGCAAUCCCACCACUUCCCCACCGCUCCCAAAGAGAGAAUUGUGGCUGAAUGGCUUCAUACCCUUGCCGAAAAAAACAAGUUGUCAAGUGAAGAGUUGAAGAAUGUUCUAGAAUGGUUGUCAUCGGUUGACGAUUUGACAAGUGAGCUGAAAAGCAAAUUGAUACAGAUUGUAUCACAAUACAUACAGCGGAACCCGUUACAAAUAACAGACAUACAGUACAUCUCAUCAUUUUUAGAGAACCCCAAAAUCACAUCGCAGUUAAGCCUACAAAUUGACAAUUACCUCACUAUUGCAAUCACUCUUCUUCAGUUUCUAAGAAAUGAUAACACAAACUCACAGCUUAGUCAAAAAAUUCUAAAUAACUUCAUAAAGUACUACAGAGAAUCGAAAAAGAAAUUAGAAUUUAUUAUGAAAUUUUUGAGCGGUGAAAACCUAGAAACGGUUUUCAGUUUCUUAGAUACAGAAUGCAGAAAAGACGCCAUAGAUGUCUGUCAAAAUAUUUUAUUUCCUAUCAAUAAGAGAACUUAUUUCAUUAGUUUCUUACAAACUUUAAUCAGGAAAGACAAUCUUGAAGAAUUAAUAGCUGAAAAAGGUGAUAACAUACAAUCCGUAAUCAAAAUCAUGAACACAAUCUUUGAAUUUCCAAAAAAUAGAUCAGAUAAUGACUUAAAAUUCUUACACAAUUUCAUAGACGUAUUUGUAAGUUCGUUUCAAAAGGAGAACCAGAUUGUUUUUGCUUUUUACAUUAUGGUCGCUAACGUUUUGAAUAUGGAACAGAGCUUUAUAGUGCCAGCUAUGAAUCUACCCUCAAUAUUGGAAGGAGAUGAUGCUAAAACUAAGAGGACACUCUUCCUUAACAUGCUAGAGGUUUUACAUAAAAACGAAGUUGAUAUUAACGUGCGCUUAACUGAUACUUUCGGUGAAAAAAUAUCAAAAGUAGAAAUAAAGAAGAAUUUCACAUCAUUCCUACAAGCUGUCAUGAUAGGACAGCUGAAACUUGAGGGGAAAUUAGACAAAACUACAUUGCAAAUAAUAAAAAUGGCACUAAAAUUAGAUCCGGUAUUAAUUGAACAAAAAAUCGAUUUAAUUCUACCUCCAAUUAUGACUGCAAAGAAAACCAGUUUGAGCAUAAUAGAAUCUUACACAGAAACCAUGAACUGCUUAUUGGAAAUACUUUUCAAAUUAAGCAGGGGUACUCUUUUUAUUACUCAAAUUCUACCAUCAGUGAAAACUCUUUUGGAAGCUGGCAACACUGAGCAGUUUGAACUAAAACAGAAGGUAAAAGAAGCGAAAGCCAGUGGAGUAGAUUGUGAAAAGUUGGAAAAUAAAAUAAUAAAUGGUUCCAAUUUGUUCCCUGAAGCGAGUGUAGCUUUGUUUGGGAAAUUAACUUCGGAAUUAAUGUUCAGGCAAAAUAAAGAGCUUUUGGAAUCACUUCAGAAAGAUAUUGAAGUGCAUUGUUUGAUGAUGUUGGAAGAAGGAUUUGUUAGUCCCUCAAUCAUAGUUCUAACAGAAGUACUAUCCGCCAUUUUAUCGUCAUUCCUAGAACAUAACAAGAUGGCCGACCACACAGUACCAUUGAAUAUAGCUGAAGAUUUCUGGACUAUGUACUCCAAAUUCGAAACUGAGUGCUUGGGUAAAUUGGGUGUGUGUGUUCUGAAAUUGAGUUAUAAUCCACCCUUAAUAGUAUCCUUCCUCAAUUUAUGUCAAAGUUUUGCUCAACUCAAGCUUCUGAACAUAAAGUACAGUAACACAAAACUGGAAAUAUCGCCUUAUAACGAUACAUCGGCGGUUUUCGACCUCAGUUUCUUGUUGCCUUGUUUGGAUAGCAAGCAAUGGGUAGCUCUCGCUGAAAAGAUUGAAGAUGAUGAAGCUGUUGUAAUUUUGGACAAUUUACUCUUAGCCAAAACAAUGGCUCUUCAAUUACUAUCAAUAAGAAACAAGCAAGAAGACUUAAACCCAACAAUAACUUUGACGAAAACACAUUUGAUCAAACAAAUCACAGCCAACCCAUCCCUUUUACAGAAUACACACUUCUGUAAAAUAUUAUUCACCAAUCUAGACAAAUCGCAUAUCAAACAGUUGGCCAAAUGUUUGAUCAAACUUUGUUUAGCCGAUACAGAUACUGAAAUAUUGAAAAUAGAUGCGAUAGCAAACAACAGAGAUUUGUUAAACAUGUUGGUUUUGGAAACCGCAAAAAAUGUAGCUAAGUGCUUUGAAAAUAGUGAUUCGUUAAGCAAAACGUUGGGCAAAGCGGAUUUCAAUAUGGCUGCCUUUGCUAAAGAAGUGGAUAUGAUUAAUUAUUUCAAUGAAAUCAGUAUUAAUUCUGAAUCGCAAGAUGUCAUUAAAAACUCGGUGAAUAUAUUCAAACAGUUGCCGAUCUAUUACUUAGAAGAAAACCACCAACUGGUAGCAAUUUUUGUGCUGCUGGCAAUCAAGAAAAACUCUUCUGCAAAAAAACUUAAACGAAAUAUUGACUAUGUGUUACAAAGCGUAUACGAAUUAAGUCUACAAAGACCAGACUUGUAUCAGAUAUUCUCAUCUGAUGCCAUUUUCAAUUUCAAAGACAAUUCUUUAUUAGAAUUGCUAACAUUGAAAAUAAAAACACCAAACAGUUUGAUCAUAAUCAAAAGCCUUCUUGAGUUAGCAGUGAAGAAAGUCCGAAUAGACAGUGACCAAGUCAAAAACAUAGUUGAAAAGCUAUUGAAGAGAAAUAAGAAAACUAUUGUUGAUAUGGAAUCGUUUAAUGAUCCUGUAUUCCAAGUCACUUGUCUAAUUUUACCAUCGAUAGUAAAACAGAAGAAAGCCAUUACUGCUAGUGCCUUCAGAUCUAUAUUAGCAGAUUUACAAGAAAAACUACACAAAUCUUUGUUGGAUUCCUUUAAAAACAUUGAUUUCAGCAAUAGUAGCUUUUCACAAAAUGCUACGGGUAACUUAGAAGAUAGUGUGGUAGAAUCUGAGGGUAAUGUGGCAACACUGAAUGCAAUGGUGGCCUAUUCUUUAACUCUUUCGAGGUACUGUGAUGCUUCAGAUGGCGAAGAUGUAAAGAAUUUAGAAUGCUUAUUGACUGCGUUGGAAUUUUUCGUAGUAAAUGCUAUAAAAACAAUAGAAAACCCAGAAUCUAAACCACAACACAUUGACUCUUCAAUCCAACUGCUAAACGUAGUAUUACGACGUAUAAAGAAAUUGGAAACCCACUCAAUUUUCGAACAGAAAGACAAAUUAUUCCUUCAAAUAUGGCGAUGUAUUAAAACCAGAUUGAUAUUAGAACAAGCAAAUAAAAGAAUAAGUGGUAGUUGUUUGGAAGAAAUGGGAAUAACUUUGAGAUUUGUAUGUGAAUUGUCUUCUGUGGAUUGCUACGUGACGAAUUUCGUGGGAGAUCUCAACAGUUUGGUGGUUUUGAAGAAACCAUCACUCAUACAAAAAGACAAUACUGCAGAAAUAUCAUCGCGUAAAGUAUUUAAAUAUCUUUGGUCACAAUGUUUGAAAGCAAACAUUGUGGGCCCCAAAUGUGUUGCCAUGUCAAAAUUAAUGUACCGCGCGUGUAAGAAUUUGAGGAAUUGGAUGAGGCAACACUACGAGUUUGAAGACAGUGUUGUCAGAAUAAAUGAAGAGAUUCCUACUGAAGAUGUAGUUUUAAAAGUUAUAAAAGUCGAUGAUGAUAUUUGUGAAAUUGUUAAGUUGGACUUGGAUUCGUUGUCUGAAAUAGUACUGGCAGCUAAGAAGAUUUCCUUAGACUACAGUAUCGUGGAUAUAACAUUUGAAGUACAACAUAUAGUACAUUUUGUUAUAAGCAGCAAGUUCAAUGUGCGCUGUGACGUGUCUUGGGAGGCUUUCUUCAUGUUGUUUGAGGGCUGUGUUGCGGUACUCAAUAACUUGUUGCUAGCUAGAGAAGAGGUUUUAGAAGACAGAUGGCCGUGUUACAUGCAGUGCUACAGAGCAUUAGUAUCGUCGCUGUGUGAACGAGCUACGACACACGUUCAAGUCGAAAGACACAUAGAGGAAAAACUCGCUGAAAUCGCGCAUUCUAUUGAGAAAUUAACACAAUCAAUAAGCAAACGCAAGAAGCACGUAUCCCGCAUAGCGGCCUACACAGUGGCGGACCUCUGUACUUCUUUAGAACGAAACGCACCAACCAAAAUGGUUCGCCAACAUCUAGAGAAUUCCGUCGCCUUGCUCAUACAAGCCUGUGACAGCACUUAUGCUAUGUCUUUCUUGAAGAGAGGACUUGUAGGAUAUGUCGGGCAGAUGACCAUGACUAACCUUUAUACUAUGUAUAAGAGAUACCAUAAGUAUAUGGGGAAUGCUUAAGUUAGGAAUAAGACAGUUGUUGUAAAUAUAAGAUUAAAGAAUGUAAAAAGUUGGUCUCUAGAACAUGUUUAAGCACUAAAUCAUCAUCUCAUCAUCUUCCUGCCCUGUUCCCAAGUCAUUUGGGGUCGGCGUAACAUGUCUUUUUCUUCCAUUUCUCUCUGUCAGACGUCAUACUUACAUCCAUUUCUUUCUGCUUCAUGUCUUCUUUCAGGCAAUCAAUCCAUCUUUUCCUCGGUCUACCUCUGCCUCUCUCUCCCUUUAAGCACUAAAGUGCCUACAUUUUAUUCUACAGCAGAAAAUGAUUGUCUUAAGUUCUUCGUAGAAUUCUGACUUGAACUAUAAUUAGAGAACUCUUGUUAUGUAAAUAAAUAUAGAAAUUGCCCUUAUAUACCAUUUUUACAUGUAAGAUACAAUUCACGAAUGUUUAAUUCAUGUACAAAGCAUUUAUAUCAUGUUUUGAGUGACUCGAAAUGUUUAACUUUCACUUUCGUAAAAGGUAAUGCCUUUCCUUUUAAUUUCCUUUACCUCGAAAUUUCUCGUUUUAAAAUGCAAAAUAAAAUUUUAUUUUUCAAAUUA